AUGCAAAUGAACACGAGCGAAAAGGACAUGGACGGCGUCAGCCUCCGGGGGGAAACCGACGGCGUAUACGGCCACCCGCUCAUGUGUGCGAACCUGCCGUUCGACGUGUUCCCGCAGCACUCGGUGCCUGCGCGCGUGGCGCACCAGCUCAUCAAGGACGAGCUGUCGCUGGACGGCAACCCCAAGAUGAACUUGGCGUCGUUCGUCACGACGUACAUGGAGCCCGAGGCCGAAGACUUGAUGGUCCAAGGGCUGCGCAAGAACUACAUUGACCUGGACCAGUACCCCCAGACCGCCGAGAUCCACAAUCGCUGCGUGACAAUGCUGGCGAAUCUCUACCACGCGCCGAUCGAGCCGGGCCAGAAAGCCACGGGCACAGGCUGCAUUGGCUCGUCCGAGGCCAUUAUGCUGGCCGGGCUCGCGAUGAAGUGGCAGUGGAAGGCGCGCCGCAUUGCGGCUGGCUUGCCUUUCGACAAGCCCAACAUGGUCUUUGGCUCGAACGUGCAAGUGUGCUGGCACAAGAUGUGCAAGUACUUUGAGAUUGAGAACCGCGAAGCCGACGUGUCGCCCGACUGCCUCGUGCUCACGGCAGAGCGUGCGCAGCCGCUCAUUGACGAGAACACGAUCGGCGUCUGCGCGAUCCUCGGCAGCACGUUCAACGGCGAGUACGAAGACGUCAAGGCGAUUCACGACAUGGUCGUGGCUGUGAACGAGGCCAACGGGUGGAAGGUGCCCGUGCAUGUGGAUGCCGCCAGCGGUGGCUUUAUUGCGCCGUUCAUCGACCCAGAGCUCGAGUGGGACUUUCGCCUGCCGAACGUCAAGAGCAUCAACGUCAGCGGCCACAAGUUUGGACUAGUGUACGCUGGCAUGGGCUGGGCUCUGUGGCGCGAGCCGGAAGACCUCCCGGACGACCUGGUGUUUCACGUGAACUACUUGGGCGGCGACCAGGCGUCGUUCACGCUCAACUUCUCCAAGGGCGCAGGCAACGUGGUGGCGCAGUACUACAACAUGCUGCGGUUUGGCUUUGACGGAUAUCGCCUUAUCAUGGAGGCGAGCAUGAAGAACGCGCAGCUGCUGCGUGGCGCGCUCGUGGCAACUGGCCACUUUCGUAUUGUCGACAAGCAGCACAUGCCGCUUGUGGCGUUCACGCUGCUUGACUCGUCGCGCUACUCGUGCUUCGACAUCCAAGACAAGCUCAGGAGUCGCGGAUGGAUUGUGCCGGCGUACACGUGCUCGCAAGGCGCUGAGUCGCUCGUGAUCAUGCGUGUGGUCGUGAAGCAGAACUUUUCCUCGCACAUGGCGAACAUGCUGGUGCAAGACAUUUUGAAGGCCAUUGAGGGGCUGGAGAAGCACCACGUGCUGGUGGACACGGCCAUGUCGUCACCCAAGGCCCAGAAGAAGCACUUUAAGGACAUUGUGCACACUUUCCAGACCAACCUCAAGCACCAGAAGUCGGGCCUCACGACGCACGGUGUGUGCUAG